AUGGUCGUUUCAAAUUCAAAAAAGAAUAUUGAGGGUUGUAAACUACCGGUAAAACUACCGGACUCAGACUUUUUCCAUAAUGCCGAGAUUUUGGGUACCCGUGAUGUAGGUGAUUGUACAUACUAUUACGUUCACUAUGAUGACUAUAACAAACGGCUGGAUGAAUGGGUUAGUGCAGAUCGCCUCGACUUUUCUAAAAUAGAACGACCACUAAAAAAAUCGACAAAAGAACCCGUCACACCUGUUUUCAGCUUAUCCUCCACUGAGGAUGAAGUUAUGAGUUCAGCGGAGCUCCGAACGUCGGAUUCGGAUUUGAACCCUCCUCUGAAAUAUCGUAGCUCCAGCUCCUCUAGUUUGACUCAACUGAAAAGAAAACGACCACCUGACGAUAUCUAUGAAGGACCCAUACAUUUAACGCUACAGAAUGACGUGAAUGAUCUUGUGUUCGAUGACUCUCCAACGUCAGCUGGGAAACCCAGGCAAACAGGCAGUAUGGUUUCUAGCCACCAUGAACAAGAUACUGUUACGAGAAUGAGAAAUCUGGAGUGGAUUGAAUUAGGAAGAUAUCGAAUUAAACCAUGGUACUUUUCCCCAUAUCCACAGGAAUUAGCAAGUGUUCCGUGUGUAUAUAUAUGCGAAUUCUGUCUGAAGUAUUUGAAGAGUUUCACAUGUCUGCGCAGGCACUUGGCUAAAUGUACACUAAGAAACCCUCCCGGAAACGAGGUUUACCGCAAACUGCCCCACAGUUUUUUCGAAAUCGAUGGACGUAAAAAUAAAACUUACGCGCAACACCUUUGUCUACUUGCGAAACUGUUCUUGGAUCACAAAACCUUGUAUUAUGAUACAGAUCCAUUCCUAUUCUACGUUCUUUGUGAAAUAGACUCUCGUGGUUACCAUCUAGUUGGAUAUUUCUCAAAAGAAAAAGAAUCUUCUGAAGACUACAAUGUGGCAUGCAUCUUAGUGCUUCCACCUUUUCAACGAAAAGGUUAUGGAAAAUAUUUGAUUGAAUUUAGCUAUGAAUUGAGCAAAAUUGAAGGUAAAUCUGGAUCACCUGAAAAACCGCUAAGUGAUUUGGGUCUAUUAUCUUAUCGUUCUUAUUGGGCUCAAACAAUUCUUGAAUUGUUACUAAACUCUAAAGCAACAGAAACUGGUCAGGAUCCAGCAUUAAGUAUAAAUGAUAUUGUUGAUAGAACAUGUAUUAAACGAGAUGAUGUAAUUGCUACCUUAUCUCAUUUAAAUGUAUUAUACUAUGUGAAAGGACAACAUGUUAUCUAUUUAUCACGUGAUCUUAUACAAGCACAUCAAAAAGCUAUGCAACGUCGUAAUUUACGUGUUGAUGCAAAAUUACUUAAUUGGAAAUCAAGAGAUUGGAGUAAACGUGGUCGAUGGUGAGGUGGUUUUCUUCCCAUUGGAGGAAGUGAAGGUUGGCGGAGCACUACAUUCACAGGAAAAAUGUGUCAUAUAUAUAAAUAUAUAUUCCUGUGUGUAUUUAUGACGUUUUCCCUUCGUAUCAGUUUG